GCAAACCCGACUCCAAUUCUCGCCUCUCUUCGGCUCCCUCUCGGUGACCCCUUCUCCUUCUCGUCUCCUGGGGUCGCCUUGCCUAAAAAAAUUCACAAAAAAAAAAAAAAAAAUCCAAUUUCCUGAAUCGGAAUCAAUCCCAGAAAACACAGAAUCAUUAGUCGGUAAUCCUCAAGGAUGUCGGAAUUGGCAAACACCGAUCCUGAGGGGAUCGACGGAGUUCGGAUGUCUUGGAAUGCCUGGCCGCGAACCAAAGUCGAAGCUAGCAAAUGCGUCAUCCCCCUCGCUGCCUGUAUAUCUCCGAUCCGUUCCCACCCUGAGAUCCCCGCUCUCCCAUACGCGCCUCUCCGCUGUAAGACCUGCUCUGCCGCCCUCAAUGCUUUCGCGCGCGUCGACUACACAGCCAAGAUCUGGAUCUGUCCCUUCUGUUACCAGCGCAACCAUUUUCCGCCUCAUUAUGCCAUGAUCUCCGAGACCAACUUCCCCUAUGAGCUAUACCCACAGUACACCACGGUGGAGUAUACGCUGCAGUCCAAUCCCGAUCCCCACAACGCCGCCAGCAUCCCUCUAUCGCCGCCGGUAUUUGUUUUCAUGCUUGAUACCUGCAUGAUCGAGGAGGAGAUGGGAUUCGUUAAAUCCGCUUUAAAGCAGGCGAUCGGGCUGCUGCCGGAGCAUGCCCUUGUGGGAUUUGUGUCCUUUGGGACCCAGACACAGGUGUACGAACUGGGCUUCUCCGAUAUGUCCAAAGUUUAUGUUUUUCGGGGCAGUAAAGAGAUUUCCAAGGAACAGGUGCUGGAGCAAUUGGGUCUAGGCGUUUCGGCCAGGAGGCCGGCGGGAGGGUAUCCAAAACCCCUGCAAAAUGGAUUUCAAAGUACUGGUCUGAACCGGUUCUUGUUGCCUGCCUCCGAGUGCGAGUAUAUUCUCAAUUCGCUAUUGGAUGAAUUGCAAACAGAUCAAUGGCCAGUUCCUCCAGGGCACAGGGGGUCCAGGUGCACUGGAGUGGCAUUGAGUGUUGCAGCUGGAUUGCUUGGGGCUUGUUUGCCUGGAACAGGCGCUAGGAUUGUUGCUUUGGUUGGUGGUCCAUGCACAGAAGGGCCUGGCACGAUUGUGUCAAAAGAUUUGUCAGAACCUGUGCGUUCCCAUAAAGAUCUUGAUAAGGAUGCUGCACCAUAUUUUAAGAAAGCUGUCAAAUUUUAUGAUAAUCUGGCCAAGCAGCUGGUCAGCCAGGGGCAUGUUCUAGACCUCUUUGCAUCUGCACUUGAUCAGGUUGGGGUAGCAGAAAUGAAAGUUGCAGUUGAAAAAACUGGUGGCUUGGUUGUUCUAGCUGAGAGUUUUGGUCAUUCUGUAUUCAAGGACUCUUUCAGGCGCAUGUUUGAAGACGGGGAACAGUCUCUUGGCCUCUGUUUUAAUGGUAUGCUUGAGAUCAAUUGUUCAAAGGACAUAAAAAUCCAGGGGAUCAUUGGACCUUGCACGUCUUUGGAAAAGAAAGGACCUAAUGCUGCUGACACUGUCAUUGGGGAGGGGAACACCUCAGCUUGGAAAUUGUGUGGCCUUGACAAGAGUACUUGUUUGACUGUUUACUUUGAUCUUUCAUCCAGCGAGAAGUCUAAUGCACCAGGUGCAGUGAAUCAGCAGUUGUAUUUGCAGUUUCUUACAAGUUAUCAAAACCCUGAGGGUAAAACAUUGCUUCGAGUCACAACUGUAACGAGACGAUGGGUAGAUAGUGCUGUUAACUCAGAGGAAUUGAUACAAAACUUCGAUCAGGAGACUGCCGCUGUCAUAAUGGCUAGAUUAGCUUCCUUGAAAAUGGAGACAGAGGAGGGCUUUGAUGCUACACGGUGGUUGGAUAGGAAUCUCAUUCGUGUUUGCUCCAAAUUUGGCGAGUAUCGGAAGGAUGACCCAACUUCUUUUACGUUAAAUCCUUGUUUUUCGUUGUUUCCUCAGUUUCUGUUUAAUUUGCGGCGAUCCCAAUUUGUACAGGUUUUCAACAACAGCCCAGAUGAAACUGCCUAUUUCCGCAUGCUGUUAAAUCGGGAGAAUAUUACCAAUGCAGCUGUUAUGAUUCAGCCAUCUCUAAUAUCAUAUUCAUUCAAUUCACUGCCCCAACCUGCAUUGUUGGAUGUGGCUUCCAUUGCAGCUGAUCGGAUCCUCUUACUGGAUUCAUAUUUUAGUGUUGUUAUCUUCCAUGGAAUGACCAUAGCACAGUGGCGAAACAUGGGUUACCAUAAUCAGCCUGAACACCAAGCAUUUGCACAGCUACUACAAGGGCCUCAAGUUGAUGCCCAAAUGAUCAUUCGGGAUCGUUUCCCUGUCCCUAGAUUGGUUGUUUGUGAUCAGCAUGGAUCACAGGCAAGAUUUUUGUUGGCAAAGCUAAAUCCAUCAGCAACGUACAAUAAUACCAACGAUAUUGCUGCUGGGUCAGAUGUGAUCUUCACAGAUGAUGUUAGCCUGCAAGUAUUCUUUGAACAUCUUCAGAGGUUGGCUGUGCAAUCUUGAUAGCAGAAAGUUGUAGAAAGACUCGGUCUUUUGAUAGGGAAAUUCCCCAAGUUGGAGUUAAAUUAUCCUGCCUUGCAUCCUCUGGUUCCAAUUCAAUUUACUUCUUUUCCUUUCUUUCCAUGGAUUUUAUGAGAGGUCAACCCACACAUUACUGGAAAAAUAAGGAUAUUAUGUAUCAAUCAUUCUUUAGGGUUGAGGGGAAGUAUUUUGCUUCCUUGAAGAAUAAGGCACACAAAGGUGGGUUGAGUUGCAAGGAAAGGAAGAUUUUGAUGGGAAUUCAAGUUUGAAGAUCCCUGCUGAUUGCAGGGUGAAUCUGAAAAUAUUUUAGGACAGUUUGCCCGUCACCGCAUUUUGUAUCCAUUAGGGUCACAGGUAUGUGGUUUGUGUAUCUGAUUUUUAAGCAAAAUGUUAUACCGGUUGGGGACAGGGCUCUAGAUUGAGAAACUUGGACAAGGGUAGUUUGAUUUUGUUUUGUUCACCCCUCAUAUUUAUACUGACUUUGUGUCUUAGCUUUAUAAUUUUCAUAUUUUUUGUUGUCUAAUUCUUCCAUACUCUCCUUUCAACUCCAGCAAAAAUUUCAGGGGGAGAAUGCUGAUAAUUGGUGAAAUAAAGUUUUGCCUCAUGU